GAUUUCGUUAUCCGUCAUUUAUAGCUUCCCCGGACCUGCACCCUGAACCCCACUAGCCCUUCCAACAUUUCCAACGUUUUAAACCUACGAUUGACUUCUCCUUGACCUCCCUUCCGUCCUUUACAAAGUCGACCAAAACCGCAGGGACGCCAAUUUGACUUCUACUUCUCUUCGCCUUACCAAUAACCAAGCUAUCACGGCCCUCAGAUUCCAACUCAACCACCAAACUCGACAGGUUCCCAGGUAGCUUCCAAGCUCCUUAGCUCCCUACCCCUAUUCCUCCUAUAUCAACGAUUACAACCACAACCACAACCGCAAUGGACGACGAAAAGAAGCAACCCCUCCUCCAACCCACCCCAUCCGACCCUCCCCCAGACUACGAAACCGCCGCCGCCGAACACGCCCCCACCACCCAGUCCCAACCCCUACCCAUCCGCCCCCCUCCCGUCCGCCGGCCCCCGGGCGCCCUCCUCGACCUCCCGAUCCUGAAGCACAUGCGCACGCACCGCGUGAUCCUCGCCUCCUCCUCACCGCGGCGGCGCGCCCUGCUCUCGCAGCUGGGGCUGCCGAACCUCGAAAUCCGACCCAGCACCAAGCCGGAGGACCUAUCCAAAGCGGACCUCGGGCCCUGGGCCUACGUGUCCGCGACCGCGCAGCAGAAGGCGCUAGACGUGUACGCCGCUCUCGUCGAGGAGGCCGCCGCGAACCAAACCUCCACCACCACCACCUCCACGAGUGCGAGUUCAAGUGCUACUGCCGGUAUUAGCAUAGACGACGCGCGCAGACGAGACCCGGACCUAGUAAUCGCAGCGGACACAGUAAUCGUGACGCGCGAGGGCGCGGUGCUAGAGAAGCCGUCGUCGGAGGCGGCGCACGUGAAGAUGCUGCGGCACCUGCGGGACACGCGGUCGCACCGCGUGCUGACGGCCAUCUGCUGCGUGGCGCCGCGCGCCGACGCCCAGCACCCGGGCUACGCGCUGGCCUCGCACGUCGAGGAGACCAAGGUGCUGUUCGCGCGCGAGGCCGACGGCCUGCCCGACGACGUCAUCGACGCGUACGUGCGCACGCGCGAGGGCGCCGACAAGGCGGGGGGUUACGCCGUCCAGGGCCUGGGCGGCGCGCUGCUGGUCGAGAAGGUCGAUGGCGCGGUGGAUAAUGUGGUGGGCUUGCCGGUGCGGAAGACGCUGCAGUUAUGUGAGAAAGUUAUCUUUCGGCAGAAUGAGACGAGCGAUGACGAGGAAGAGGAAGAUGAGUGAAGUGGGUGGGUUGGGUGAUACGGACAAGUCUUGAAAGUUUCAAGGUAGCGGGAAGACGUAGCUACAUCCAGGCCUGAAAAUCCAAGGGCAUUUGGUCGAUGCAAUGUGGGAACAUGUAAUGACUAUAGA